UGUCAAAUCAUUGUAACUUUCAUGGCUGCAACAGGGGAAGUUAAGGUUUUGGGCACGUGGUGGAGCCCUUUCGCGCUACGCACCAUCAUCGCUCUCAACCUCAAGUCUGUGGACUACGAGUUGAUUGAGGAGACGUUUGUUCCCAAGAGUGAACUUCUCCUUAAACUAAACCCGAUUUUCAAGAAAAUCCCAGUCCUCGUCCAUAAUGAUAAGCCCAUUUCUGAGUCUCUCAUCACUGUUCAGUACAUCAAUGAUGUCUGGACUUCUGGGCCUUCUAUUGUUCCCUCUGAUCCUUAUGAUUGUGCCAUCGCCAACUUUUGGUCAUAUUAUAUUGAUGAUCAGUUGAUCUCAAAUUUGCGUGCAAUAUCGGCUGCGGGGGAUGACAAGGUAGCCAAAAAGGCUGCAAUAGACAAGGUUGUUGAAGGGCUAGUGCCUUUGGAGGAAGCCUUCAAGAGCAUAAGCAAUGGCAAGAAGUUCUUUGGUGGAGACACUAUAGGAUACUUGGACAUUGCAUUGGGCAGCUUCAUAGGAUGGUUUAAGGUUGCGGAGGCGUUGAACGAGGAUGUCAAAUUGCUCGAUGAGACCAAGGUUCCCAAUUUGGUGAAAUGGGUUGGAGAUUUCGUUGAUGAUAGUGCGGUUAAGGAUGUGUUCCCCGCCAUUGACAAGUUGGUUGAGUUCGCGAGGGUGUUCUUGAGCAAAAGAACAUAAUCGUCUUAGGUUGUUGUUUUGUUGUUUGAUACCCAUUUUGGUUUGUUUGUUCUCUAGCACAAGUCAUUGGCUCAUUGUUCUUGUUUUCUUGGUCUGCCCAUGAGACCUAUGCAUGGGGAAUAAAGUUUAAUUAUGCCUUUUUUAUGCUU